GAGGGCAAGUCCGUGCCUGUUUCUCAAGAAUCUCGGAGCCAACAUGGCGGCCGGACCGAUUCAGUUUCCCUCACCGUUUUAUAUGAACACAACUGAAGCACUAGGAGGGUAACAACAUCAGCGUCACAUGAUUCAUAAAGCCAGGCUGCCCUGUUCCAAUAUGGUGGUCAGCUUGGCGGAGCUGCGUCUCCCGUUGAUCAUUUCGUUCCUGUGCGGGUUCGGAACCUGCAGCCUUCAAGAAACGCAGGUUUACGGGCUGCGCCUGGAGGACGUUACCGAUCGGGUGUACAUGCGCGAACGGGUCGUCGUAGCUCCGCACGGGACCACUUUUAAGCUCAGAUUGUUUGGGUCCUACCUGUCCAAUGAGACCUGGCCGUGGGUCGCGUUCGCCCCGGCCGGAGGCGGUUCGGAUGACCCGUGCGUGUUUGAGGAACGCCGCAAUACCUCCGCGUUCCGGGUACGCGGAGCGUUCGAGUCAGAUGACGAAAACAGCGGGAUUAUAACAGUGCAAACGGAGCCUGCAGCAUCCGAACCGGAGAAUAAAGAUGCAGCGCCUGUGCUCCAUCAUAUGUGCGUCUUAAAGGGCCAGACAUGGGGUGCUUUCAAAACAGACAAGUUUGUUAUCAAGAACCCGGCUGUGCCGUCAGAUUACAUUCCAUUAUGGGGUCUGAUUUUGGUGGUCGUGGUUCUGGUUUUGAUUUGCAGUGUGGUCAGGUGUGUAAAUCUGAGUUUGCUGUGGCUGGACCCACUGGAGCUGUAUGUUCUGCACAGCUGCGGUUCGGAGGAUGAAAAGCGGGCGGCCAAGCGCCUCAAGCCCAUCCGGAGGAGAGGAAACGUUCUGGUUUGUUCGCUCCUGUUCAUUUGCGCUUUGGGUCACUCUGUGCUCGGCGUGCUUUUGUACCGCCUCUAUGGCUCCAUCCUGCCCGCCGUGUUCACUAGUGGCUUCCUCAUAUUCCUCCUGGCUGAGUUGGUCCCUCAUAUUGUUUGUUCGGGUUACGGCUUCCAGAUGGCACCGGGUUUGAUAUGGCUGGCCCAGAUCUGUCUCAUCCUGACGUGUCCGCUUUCUUGUCCUCUCGGCCUCCUGCUGGACCUGAUCCUGCACCGGGACGUGAGCACCGUGGGUGUCCGUGAGAAAACCAUGGAAAUGAUUCGGACUAGUGUGAACGAUCCGUAUAAUGAGUUCGUCAAGGUGGAGUUCAGUAAAGGCGCUCUCAGGACCAAAACCGUGGAGGACAUCUUGACCCCGCUGAAAGAUUGCUUCAUGCUGCCCUCCACGGCCGUGCUGGACUUCAACACCAUGUCUGAGAUCAUGCAGAGCGGAUACACUCGCGUACCGGUGUACGAAGAGGAGAGGUCUAACAUUGUAGAAAUCUUGUACGUCAAAGACCUGGCGCUGGUUGAUCCGGAGGACCGCACUCCCAUGACCACCAUCACAAAGUUCUACAACCAUCCUCUGCAUUUUGUGUUUAAUGACACCAAGCUGGAUGCAAUGCUGGAAGAAUUCAAAAAAGGAAACUCACACCUGGCCAUCGUUCAGAAGGUGAAUAACGAGGGCGAAGGAGAUCCGUUCUACGAGGUUCUGGGUCUGGUCACGCUGGAGGACGUCAUUGAGGAGAUCAUCAAAUCGGAGAUCCUGGACGAGUCUGAUGGCUACAUGGACAUGAAGGUGAAGCGUCCAAUGGCCCCGCUGGAGAUCCCCCUGGAGCCGCGCAGCGUUCAUGACGAGUUCUCCAUCUUCAAACCUCCAGAGGGCGAACCGAAGAUCCGCACCUCUCCUCAACUAUUGCUGGCCACCCACCGAUUCCUCUCCCGAGAGGUGGAACAUUUCAGCCCGCAGCGCGUGUCAGAGAGAGUCCUGUUUCAUCUGCUGCGGCACCCGAGCGUCAAUCAAGAAGUGAAGUUUGACCCCGCAAACCGGCUUAGUCCUGAUCACUACCUGUACACGCGGAACCACCCUGUGGAUUACUUCAUUCUGCUGCUGCAGGGCCGUGUGGAGGUGGAGAUCGGGAAAGAGGGUUUGAAGUUUGAGAAUGGUGCGUUCACCUACUACGGUGUUUCGGCGCUCACAGCUCCCUCCUCAGUCCAUCAGUCUCCGGUGUCCACGCAACGCCAGUCACCCAGAGACCCCUUUGAUCUGGGAGAAGCCACCAGCCCGUCCAGCUACUGUCCCGACUACACAGUACGAGCCCUCACAGACCUGCAGUUCAUCAAGGUGACCCGGCUGCAGUACCUCAACGCCGUGAUGGCGUCACGGGUGGCCCAGAGCCCCGACCCGCCUGAAAUUAAGAUCCUGCCCAACAGUCAAACCAAACUCCUGAACGAGAAAAACACUACUCAAGACUUUCAGCUCCACUUUUCAUUCUUUGACGCCAUUGACAACUACUGUUAGUGUGCUUUGCAUGAGACAGGAUAUAAAUGUCCAGGUGCGAGCAAGAGCCAGGAAUCCAGUCCAGACGAGGAGCUUCACAGCCAGAGAGGAGCGUUUUGACCUUCUAUCUAACCUUCCUGCAGAACUCACAAGGAUUUUAUUAUGACAACUAAUUUGUUUUUGUCGUCUUAAAUGAAUCUUUUACUCCUGGAAUGCAACGAUUGAGCCAGAUGGAGGACUGUUGAGAAAAACAAAAGACGUGCGUGUCUGGUCAGACGGGAUCCGUUCUCACUGUUCUGCUUACUCAGCUGUUCCCUCUGAUGUCGCUUCCUCUGUGCUCUGUUUGAGUUCACUUAUUUCCUUAAAGUGUAUGCGUGUGCGUAUGUGCUACUAAAUUAAAUGGUGUGCCAAGAUCUUACUAUCCUUGUCGUAUCACAUAAGCAGUAUUACAGCCCUGAAUUGUCAAGCCCCUAAUGUGCCAAAAUGGGUUCAGAACGACAGAAAAUAGCCAUUUACUCACCCUAAUGCCAAUGUUGUCUUUUCCCAAAUCUUUUUAACUUAAUAGUGACUCGAUACAUAUUUGAACUGUCAUUCUCAAGAAACAAUGGCCUAAAUGCUUUUUGAACACAAAUAAGAUUUCAGACCUUUGGGGGAAGCACUAUUAAAAAUAAAGGUUCUUUAUUAGCAUCAAUGGUUCCAUGAAGAACCUUCAACAUCCAUGGAACCAAAAAUGUUCAACUGUUCACUUAAAAGUGCUUUGGGGAACCAAAAUGGUUCUUCUAUGGAAUCAUUGCGAAAACCCUCUUUUGGAACCUUUAUUUUCAAGGGAUCCCAGCGUAUUAAGACUUGUAUGGCUUAAUAUAACGUAAACUAUGUCUCUUAUUAAAAUAUGUAGUGGAAAACCCAUGACAUUAUUUUGAAAAUCCACAUCGUUUUAUACAUAUUUUGUUCUGUUGGGGUGCCAUUAUUUCGAUUAAAGUUACUUGAAAUGGUUGCGCUUGGUGAGCUGUUGCCGCUAACUGUUGCUACUUUCAGGUGCAGAUUUGUCAUUGUAUGUCUGAAUUGUAACAACUACCUUUUUAAUGGCGAAACAUCGAAAUUUGUCAGGCCACCACGGACACGCCCUUCAAUGAAAACUCAAGAUUUCGCAAUUUAACGUCACAAAAGGCUUUAGAUUAGACUGACCAAAUUUGGCGUUGAUCUGUUUAAAUCUCUCUGAGGAGUUUAAAUACAACACCUGAAAAUGGCGAAAACGGCACAAAACUUGCUGAGAAAACUCAAAAUAUCAGACUUCCUGUUGGGUUUUGGACUUUGUACCAAGAGACUUUUUUGUAGGUGUUUCGUACAUGUAUGUGAAACUUAGCUCGAGAGGCACUUCGUUGAAAUUUUAUAGGUGGCGCUAUUGAGCCAUUUUGCCACACGCACUUCUGAACCCCAUAUCAAAUGCAAAAUUUGACCACUUUUGGCAUUUUCGAGCAUGUUUAGACCCUCAAGAAUGCAAUUCAUUUCGUAGAAGAAGAAUCUGAGCAAUUCCAAUACGCAACUCGGAAGAUAAAAUACUGAUACGAUGCCACAUUAGCGAUAAGAAGAGGAGAAAUGGUCGAAUAAAGCUUUCUAAACACCCACGUCUUUGUUCUCUCCACUUUAACCCUGAUGCCUUUGAGGCUUUUAGUUGACCACAGCUACUGAAAGAGCUUACGGACGGCAGAUACAAACGCUAGAUCCCAUCCUGACCGGAUGUAAACAUGUCGAUGCUUGUCAGGCCGCCACAGCCACUGAAGGAGUUUCUCAGCGUGGACUUCACUGGAUAUCCGGGGGCGUUAAGACUCACUAGGUGGAAAAAUAAAUGGUAUGGCAUUUGGUUUAAACCUACACCUAUAUCUGUCACCGCCUGUGAGUUCUUUCAGUAGCUGUGGUCAUUGAAUCAGUAUGAUAUUUUCCGAGUUGUGUUGCCGUAAAAAUAGUAACAGGCAACGGCAGUAACUCACUGAGCGCAACCAUUUUACAUUAUUGAAACAAUGGUGCCCCCAAUGUCCAAAAAAUGGAUAAAAACAAUAUGAAGGUUUAAAAUAACGUAGAUAUUUCAUGCGUUUUUCUACUACAUAUUUCAGUAAGAGAUCAUUUAUGUUAUAUUAAGCUACACGAGUUUUAACAGUGUGGAAACUUUUCAUUCCAUGAAAAGUUGUUUACAUUUAUUAAUAAUGGUUUGUUUAAAAACUCACUAAAGAUUCUUUUUAGAACCAGAAUGGUCCUUUUACUUAUAAAGGUUCCAAAAGGUGCCUUUUAGCAGUGAUGCCAACUGUAGAACCAUUUUUGGUGUCCUAAAUGUUCUUAAAAGAACCGUUAUUUUAUUGGUGUAAAGAACACAGAAUUUGAAGAACCUUUAUCCAUUAUCAAGAACUUUUUGUGGAAUGGAAAGGUUCCAUUAAUGGUUCUACAUGGAGAAAAAACAAAACAAAAAAAAACGAUAUUUUAAAAGUGUAUUGCUCUUCCUGUGAAAACCCCAUUUUGCAACGUUUAUUUUUUAGAGCAGAGGUAAAGAUUCUUCUGAAGACAGGUUUGACUAGUUUGGUGAGGUUUGGUCCUUAGGCAAAAUAUUCCCUUUAUGUCCCAAUAUGUAUUUGCACCCAAUGAAAGUUUAUCCAGAGGAAUUCGCAAGAAGUGUAAAACUGGAUUUUUUUUUCCAUAUAAAAGCUUUUCCUUAAUAUAUUUCCCACCAACUUUUCAGAUUGUUAGAACAUAAAUUCCAGAGUGGUGCUACAACAACUAAGCAAUCCUGACCCAGUUUUUCACUGCAUGUUUACGUCCGGCUGCCUUUUAAUUCUGCAUCUCAAAACAUUUGCAUAUUAGGUAACUAAAUGCCUUGCAUGACUGUAGCGGAUGUAGCUGAUGGUAUAAACAAAGAAAAUAUCCAAACUUUCUCAUACUGGAGUAACCUGACCACUCCUUUGGAUUAACAUGAAAUUAGAUCUCAGCAAUACUGAAAUUCCCAAUGUUCCUGAGGUUGUAUCAUAUUUUGAAACAUAGAAAUGUUGUGUAGAUAGGUAAAUAACCUAAAACCUAUUUCUUAGUGAGUCUAGAAGCUUUUCUGGCAUUCCAUGGUGUUCUGUUAUAAUAAAUCCGCUAUCCGUUCCAUCCGCUUGUCCUAAAAAAAAAAUGCUUGGUUUAAACAUGCUUAGUAGCUUAUUUUAAGUUUAUAUGACAUUCCAGCCUACACUACCAUUCAAAUGUUUGGAAUAAUUGUUGUUUUUGUUUUUAAACAAGUUUCUUAUGCUCACCAAGGAUGUUUAUUUGAUCAAAAAUGCAGUAAAAAAUGUUAAAAAACUUUCUAUUUAAAUAUAUUUUACAAUUUAAUUUAUUCCUGUGAUGCAAUGCUGUAAUUUCUGCAUCUUUACUCCAGUCUUCAGUGUCUUUAGACAGUUCAAAAUCAAAAUUUGUUUGAAAUAGAAAAAUUAAAUGUCUUUACUGUCACUUUUGAUUAUUUUAGUGCAUUCUUUUUAAAUAAAAGUAUCAGUUCCUUUAAAAUAAAAAUAUGACCCCAAACUUUUGAACGGUAGUGUGUUAUUUGGGUUUUGAUGUGCAAAGGAAGAGUGAUUUGAGUAAAUGUCGGAACUUUAUGUAUAUGAAA